GUGUUGGAGCUGCUCGAGCUGGAAACCUUACUUUCAUGGUUGGUGGAGUGGAACAAGAAUUUGAUGCUGCCAAAGAGUUGCUGACAUGCAUGGGUUCUAAUGUGGUCUACUGUGGAGAGGUUGGAACCGGACAGGCUGCAAAGAUCUGCAACAACAUGCUCUUGGCCAUCAGUAUGAUUGGAACUGCUGAGGCUAUGAAUCUUGGAAUCAGAUUAGGCCUUGACCCAAAGCUGCUGGCCAAAAUCCUAAAUAUGAGCUCAGGUCGCUGUUGGUCAAGCGACACAUACAACCCUGUUCCUGGAGUGAUGGAAGGAGUACCAUCUGCUAAUAAUUAUCAAGGUGGCUUUGGAACAACACUCAUGGCUAAGGAUCUUGGCUUGGCCCAGAUUUCUGCCACCAACACAAAGACACCAGUUCCUUUGGGAUCCCAGGCACAUCAGAUCUACAGGAUGAUGUGUGCAAAAGGCUAUGCCCUGAAAGACUUCUCAGCUGUGUUCCAGUUUUUACGUGAGGAGGAAACCUUGUGAGCUGUCCUUUGGAAAUGGACACAAUAACCAACCACAUUUUUUUAUCCUUAUAGCUCGUUUGAGAAGUGUGUGGGUUUAAUCAAACGCUGCGCAUACUGAUCUCAUACAGACUAAUCAUCUAUGGUUGUCUAGAUCACAACGAACUCCAGGGUUUUUUCAUAAUUCUUGAAAAAGCAAGCCAGAGGAAGGGAUUGUUUGGCAAUUAGCCAGACAGUGAUUUUUUUUUUUUUUUUAAGAACCAUCAAAGUUUGGGUUUUUUUUCUCUAGAUGCAAUAAAUAAGUAUUUUUUUUAUGAAACACUUAACUGUUUGCAUAUAAAAUAACUUACAUUAUGGCUACAAACUUAGAUGAAUCUUGACUAGAAAGAGAAUGUUAUAUAGUGAUUUUAUGAUAUAUAUAGUGAUCUAUUAAAAGUAAAAUUGAAUACUUUAUGGAUAAAGGGAAGAUUUGUUCAAUUAAGAAACACAGCUUGAGAUGGAUUUAUUUUUUUUCCUUGGACCUACUAGCCUUGAGUUGAUCAGUAGUGAAUUUUUCCUGGGAUUCAGGUUGGAGAUUAAGUUUAUGGGCACGCAUUUUUAACUGGAGAGUUGUUACAGCAUGUUUACCUGAUAGACUUAGUUAAAAUAACAUAGAAUGCGUGUCCCUCUUGUAAAGCUCCAUUAUUGUAUUUUGCUAACCCAAUUUUAUAUUUUCUUGUAUUCUGUCAUACAUUUUCAGAACUCAAGUACAGCACUUACCAGAAGUUCUAACAAAGUGUACAUUUGUUUUAGGUAAUUACUGAAGUAUUUUAAAUCUAAACAAACCCUAUUAUUUUGAAAAGAAAUAAAAAUCUAUACUGGUAAAUA